AUGACUAUCCAAUUCGAGCGCUCAUCAAAGGGCUGGAAGUGCGAACAAUGCGGACUCCCCGGAGUGCGUCUAUCCACAAACUCAGGCUCAGCAUACUACAAAUGUGUCCCAUGCAAUCGCUCCUUGGGCCCUUGCCCUUGCACCACACCAGGAGCCAGAACCACCUCGACGUGUCCGUGUGCUGAAAGCGAUGCCGAGUCAUCAGGGGAGGAUGAGGUGCCUCGCGGUCUCUCCAUGCUUUCUUCGAAGAAGCAACCAUUCAACCCACACAACCCGAACCCAGGGUUCGAGGAGGAUUGGGAGGCCAAUUGCUCUCCGGGCUUCAUGGUCUCGAGAUUCAAGGCUCAAGGCCGGGAAUUGCUUAUGUGGCCUUGA